GCGCUUGUAGCAUGGCUGACCAACUGACUGAAGAGCAGAUUGCAGAAUUCAAAGAAGCUUUUUCACUAUUUGACAAAGAUGGUGAUGGAACUAUAACAAUAAAGGAAUUGGGAGCUGUACUGAGGUCCCUUGUACAGAAUCCCACAGAAGCAGAGUUACAGGACGUGAUUAAUGAAGUAGAUGCUGAUGGUAAUGGCACAAUUGACUUCCCUGAAUUUCUGACAAAGAUGGCAAGAAAAAUGAAAGACACAGACAGUGAAGAAGAAAUAAGAGAAGCAUUCCGCGUGUUUGAUAAGGUUGGCAAUGGCUAUACUAGUGCUGCAGAACUUUGUCAUGUGAUGACAAACCUUGGAGAGAAGUUAACAGAUGAAGAAGUUGAUGAAAUGAUCGGGGAAGCAGAUACUGAUGGCAAUGGUCAAGUAAACUAUAAAGAGUUUGUACAAAUGAUGAAAGCAAAGUGA